CACGCUUGCUUUAUUCCUGAAAUGUAUAGGCACCCAACAAAUAUAAUUUGUAUUGGAAGUCAUGUAUUUGAGAUUCAGCUAAUGAAAAUAAAACUGUUGGACAGCUGCAAGACAUUCUGCCUUAAUUUUCUGUAGCCACCACUGGGAGACUGGCCAUUAGAAGUUAAAAGUCAAUUGUAUAGGUGGAGUUCUCUGCAGCCGGUGAUGCUUAAAUUUCAGUGACAUGACUCUUCAGGAAUUGGUACAUCAGGCUGCUUCUCUUUAUGCAGAUGAAAAAGCUGUAUGUUUUGAUGACUGUAACAACCAGCCUCCAGUAUACUAUACUUAUAGAACUGUAGUUACUCUUGCUUCAGAAUUAUCACAUUUUCUAUUAUCACACUGUGACUUUCAAGGAUUUCGGGAAAUUGGCCUCUACUGUCAUCCUGGAAUAAACUUACCUUCUUGGAUUUUAGGAAUUCUCCAGGUUCCUGCUGCUUAUGCGCCAAUUGAUCCAGAUUCACCACCCACCUUUUCAGCACAGUUCAUGAAAAAAUGUAAUCUAAAAUUUAUUCUUGUUGAAAAACAGCAAAUCAAUAAAUUCAGAUCCUCCUAUGAAGCAUUAUUGACCUAUAGUAAGACCACCCUAGAACAUAAUGACCUAAUACUCUUGAAACUUCACUGGGAAAAUAUUGCGUUGAGCUUGGAACUAAAUGAUGGAAAAGGAAAAUGUGGGAAAGACAAAUUGGACAGUUCUAAUGCUGAGAACAGCCAGGGAGAAAAGUUCGAAGAGCACAUGGAUGCAAUGCGAAAGGAAUGCCUGGCCUAUGUGCUUCAUACUUCGGGCACCACUGGGACCCCUAAAAUUGUGAGAGUACCUCAUGCAUGUAUCUUGCCAAACAUCCAGCAUUUUCGGGAAAUUUUUGAAGUCACACAAAAUGAUGUUUUGUUUCUAGCUUCACCUUUGACUUUUGACCCUUCUGUGGUGGAAAUAUUUGUUGCUCUGUCAAGUGGUGCCUCUCUGCUUAUUGUACCAACUUCAGUCAAAAUGCUCCCGUCAAAAUUAGCUGCUGUUCUUUUUUCCCGGCACAGAGUGACUGUUUUGCAGGCAACACCAACUUUGCUUAGAAGAUUUGGGGCUCAGCUUAUCAAAUCUACAGUUUUAUCCACCAGUACCUCUCUCCGUGUGUUAGCCCUCGGUGGGGAAGUGUUUCCUUCACUGGCUGUUCUCAAGAGCUGGAGAGGAAAAGGCAAUGGAACACAAAUAUUUAAUGUUUAUGGUAUCACAGAGGUGUCAAGUUGGGCAACAUUUUACAAGAUCCCAGAAGAGAUUCUUAACUCCACUCUGAAAUGUGAAAUGCCUGUACCACUGGGACUUCCCCUGCUUGGAACAAUGAUUGAAGUCAGAGAUUCUGAUGGUUUCACAAUUCAGGAAGGCACUGGCCAAGUAUUUUUAGGCGGCAGAAACAGAGUAUGUUUUCUGGAUGACGAGACAACCGUGCCAUUUGGCACAAUGAGAGCCACGGGAGACUUUGUGACUGUGGAAGGUGGACAGAUGUUUUUCUUGGGACGGAAGGACAGUCAGAUCAAACGUCAUGGCAAACGCCUUAACAUCGAAAUUGUACAACAGGUUGCCGAAGGAAUUGAGCAAAUGGAGGCUUGUGCUGUGAUCUGGUAUAAUCAGGAAAAGUUAAUUCUGUUCACCGUGUCCAAAGCUGAUUUAGGAAAGGAUUAUAUCUUUAAAGAACUGCAGGAGCAACUUCCAAGUCACGCAGUCCCUGAUGAUCUCGUGCCAAUUGAUGCACUACCAUUUACCUCUCAUGGCAAAGUUGAUAUUUCACAGUUAAAUAAGAUUUAUUUGAACCACAUAAACUUGAAGUCUGAAAGUAAGCUUAAUGGAAAAAAGGAACUAUGGGGGAAAUUACAGCAUUUGUGGAAGUCUAUUCUGAAUCUCUCAGAAUAUCCUUCAAAGAUUUCUGACGAGUCAUUCACAAAUUGCGGUGGCGAUUCCUUAAAGUCCAUACGGCUCCUCAAUGAAAUUGAAAGUCUUGUUGGCAAAUCAGUACCUGGGCUUUUUGAAAUUAUCCUUACCAGCUCCAUUUUAGAAAUUUACAAUCAUGUUGUUCAAAUGGUGUAUCCCGAUAAAGAAGUGGAAUUUAGCAAGAAUUGUGCCACCAAAAGAAAAUUCAGCAACGUGGAUCAAGAGGAAAGCAGCAGGAAAUCUCGCCACCAGAUAUCAGCCAGGCCUUUAUCUCCUGAUGGUGAUGAUGAGCAGAGACGUUCCUUCAUCGCCCUAAGCCGCGGGAAUCAGAUAUGGUCGCUGAGUACCACUGGCAUUGUAGCCAAAUCAGGCCAGUGCUCUUCCACCCAUUCUUCUGAUUUAAUUUCACAAAGGAACUCUCCAAAUGUACCACGCUCCAGUUCUCCAGCUCUCAUUGCCACGUUACCAGAGCCAGCCUGCGUUGCCAAAGGUUUUGGAGAGCAGAUGGAGUUUCGGGUGCGGUGGGGGUCAGACACCGGCAAAUGUGUAGACGCCUCACCGCUUGUGGUGAUAGCAGAGGCCGCUCCAGCAUCUGCAACUGUGUACAUUGGCUCUCACUCUCACAGGAUGCUGGCAGUUGACCUUUACUCUGGGAAGGUGAAGUGGGAGCAGAUUUUGGGGGAUCGGAUCGAAUCAUCAGCCUGUGUAUCUAAGUGUGGAAACUUGAUUGCAGUGGGCUGUUACGAUGGAUCAGUUUAUGUUCUGAAAAGUAGUAGUGGAGAGAAACACUGGGUUUUCACUACCCAGGAUGCGGUCAAAAGCUCAGCCACCCUGGACCCGACCACAGGACUCCUGUACAUUGGCUCCCAUGACCAACGUGCAUACGCUCUGGACCUUUAUGCAAAGAAGUGUGUUUGGAAGUCUGACUGUGGAGGCGCAGUCUUUUCUUCCCCGUGUGUGACCCUGACUCCACAUCAUGUAUAUUUGGCUACGCUGGGAGGACUUUUAGUGGCUGUAAAUCCUGCCACUGGGGACAGACUCUGGAAACAUGUCUGUGGAAAGCCACUCUUCUCUUCUCCACGCUCUUGCCGAGAGUAUGUCUGCGUUGGCUGUGUCGAUGGGAAUUUACUCUGUUUUACUCACUCUGGAGAACAGGUUUGGCAGUUCUCUACCAGUGAACCCAUCUUUUCAUCUCCCUGUCCAUCAGCAUCAGAACAAGAAAUAAUUUUUGGUUCCCACGAUUGCUCUAUCUACUGUUGUAGUGUGGAAGGUCUCCUCCGGUGGAAAUUUAAAACCUCUGCGAGGGUGUACGCAACCCCAUUUGUGUUCCCGAAUCGUGGUCAAGGCAGCGAAUCUUUGGUGGCCGCAGCCUCCACUGACGGCAAACUGUGGAUCCUGGACUCUCGGAGUGGACAACUGCGGAGCAUGCAUGACCUGCCCGGAGAGGUGUUCUCGUCUCCUGUGGUCUGGGAGUCCAUGCUCGUUAUUGGCUGCAGAGACAAUGUUGUUUACUGUUUGGAUUUAUUGUGUGGCAAUCAGAAGUGAUCAAGUACAGUCUGUACUGGGAUAUCUGUGAGAAGUUUGGAAAUAACUUAUCACGGUUAAGUUUGUAAAUAAUCUUACAUUAAAGAUUAGAUUUUGCAU